UCAUGAGCUCCUUUGAGGGACAGAUGGUGGAGUAUCCAACUAUCUCCAUAGAUCGGUUCGACCGGCAGAAUCUGAUGGCCCGGGCGUACUUCCUGUCCCACUGCCACAAGGACCAUAUGAAAGGACUGAGGUCCCCAUCCUUGAAAAGAAGAUUGGAAUGCAGCUUAAAGGUUCACUUAUAUUGUUCCCCUGUCACCAAGGAACUAUUGUUAACUAGUCCCAGAUACAGCUUUUGGGAGAAACGAAUUAUUGCUCUUGAAGUUGAAACUCCAACCCAGAUUUCUUUAAUUGAUGAAGCAUCUGGUGAGAAGGAAGAUGUUGUUGUAACUCUUUUACCAGCUGGUCACUGCCCAGGUUCAGUUAUGUUUUUGUUUCAGGGGAGCAAUGGAACAGUCUUGUACACAGGAGACUUUAGAUUAGCCAAAGGGGAAGUGGCCAGAAUGGAACUGUUGCACUCUGGGAGCAGAGUGAAAGACAUACAGAGUGUGUAUUUAGACACUACUUUUUGUGAUCCAAAAUAUUACCAGAUUCCAAGUCGGGUGGAGUGUUUAAAUGGAAUAUUAGAAUUGGUACGAAGUUGGAUCACUCUGAGUCCAUAUCAUGUUGUGUGGCUGAACUGCAAAGCUGCCUAUGGAUAUGAAUAUUUAUUCACCAACCUCAGUGAAGAAUUUGGAACUCAGGUUCACGUGAACAAAUUGGACAUGUUUAAAAACAUGCCUGAUAUCCUUCACCAUAUAACAACGGAUCGUCAUACACAGAUUCAUGCCUGUCGCCACCCACGGUCAGAAGAAUUUUUUCGAUGGAACAGAUUGCCAUGUGGAAUUACUUCUAAAAAUGGGACUCCAUUACAUGUGAUCAGCAUUAAACCAUCCACAAUGUGGUUUGGGGAAAGAACCAGGAAAACAAAUGUAAUUGUGAGAACUGGAGAGAGUUCGUAUAGAGCUUGUUUUUCAUUUCAUUCUUCCUACAGUGAGAUUAAGGAUUUCUUGAGCUAUAUACAUCCUGUCAACGUGUAUCCAAAUGUCAUUCCUGUGGGUUCAACGAAGGAAAAAGUGGUAGAAAUCUUAAAACCAUUAUGCCGAUCCUUUUCUAAGCGUACCGAAGCAAAGUAUAAACCACUUGGAAUGUUGAAGAGAGCCAGAACAACAUACCUAGAGUCAGAGGAUGAAGAUGAAGAUCUUUUUGAUGACUUUCAGUUAAUGCCUUUGAGACACAAGAUCCCAAACCAACAGACUUUUCAGCCUCUAUUGCCUCCCCCAAAACUUGAAUCUCAGGAAUGUCCAGGACAACUGAAGCUGGGCAUAGCAAGCUGCAGAACAGAUAAUGUGCAGACUUCUCUUUUGACAAACUUUGUAGACUGUGAAGAAUCCAACAGCGAGGAUGAGGAACAAUCUGAAACCUCUACUUCUUUUCAUGGGGACUUGAAUUCUCUUCCAUUACAGCAACAGGAAUUGGAUGUGGACAUACCAGAGUGGAAAAUCUUCUUUAAAAGUAAUGCUGACAUUCCAGAUGAUGGUUCAGAAAAUUUAAUUUCUUCCACAGAGGCAGGUGGGUCCCAGUCACCAAGACUUCUCAGUGAUUCUGAUGGAGAUUCCACUCACAUAUCCUCACAGAAUUCUUCUCAAUCCACACACAUAUCAGAACAAGAAAGCCAAGGUUGGGACAGCCAAUCAGAUACUGUUUUGUUAUCUUCUCAGGAAAGAAACUGUGGUGACUUCACUUUUUUAAACAAAAGUGGCUCCCGAGUCAGAGAGCUUAUUACUGCAUGCCAGCUGGAACAAAAUAUAUCUGGUCCAAAAGACACUUCCUCUGACCUGAAAGGCAGGUCUCAAGAUGUAAAUAUAGCUUCUACUUCUGGAGGAGCGACUACGGUUAGUUGUGAGAAAUGUACAGUUGAAGAGGAAAAAAACCUGUUAAAUCUUAGCACAAGUGUGGAUUCUCAGAGCUCCUCAGACUUUGAAAUACCUUCAACACCUGAUGCUGAACUUCCCAAACGGGAACAUUUACAACUUCUAUAUACAAAGCUGGCAACAGGUGAAAGUAUAGUAAAUGAAAGAAAACAUAGUACAUCCAGUUCUUAAAUAUUUUAGAGUUAUAAUUUCAGUCAAAAUAUGAAGGUUCCCACAGAGAUUUUAUGAAAUAGAGAAAAAAACCUUAAAAGUAUUACAGAAUAAUUGCUUCAGAAGCAGAUAAUUAGAAAAUGAGGACCUAGAAGAAAAUGUUGUGAAAUAUUAAGUGAUUGAGAUUAUAUACAUUUUUAAGAAAUAAAUUUUUUUUAA